AUGGGAGGCGGCGCGUACAACGACCGGCGUUACUGGCGAGGAUCCUGGCCUUUGUCUCCGCGGUCACAGCGAUCACAACAGUUCUCGGCGGAGACCCGAUACGAUCAGGUACCAGUUCCGGGACGCCGCAGCAGUGGUGGAUCUGCUGGACAGGCUGGGAACCCCCAACCUGCGGAGGCAGCUCCGGAGGGCUCUGGAGAGGGAUCCGAGUUCCGAAAAGAACUUCAAAGGCUGCUUACACAGGCCAAGCGCGCGGACGGCAAGAUCUACAAGUUGCAGGACGAUCGCGAACAUCGUCGUCAGCAGUGGGAAUACUACGAGCGUGGUAUGAAGCUGGCGUUCUUGAAGCAACAACAGGCCUUCGAGGCAGACCUCAAACGUCUGGAUGCGGAGAUUCAGACUGCUGGCUCGACCGGACGCGAAGCUGCGGAGCGGAUGCAGGCCCUGGCCUUGUAUGGCAUGCUUCCCAAGACGGAAGUGGAUGCACCAGAGGAAGCGGCAUGGGACAAUAUGAUGGCCAAUUGUGCUGUGGAACCGGAGAGACCGGCGUCUGGAUUCUUGGCGGCCGCUAUGGAAGCGGUCCGAGCUCUGGGCGCUACGGCCCACCACGCCCUUCCACGACGACUUCGACACCCCUGGGAGCGGCAUUUGGGCCACUUCCGGAGCCUCGUGCUCCAUAUGUGGCCUCCCCUGGAGCUGUCAAGGGGCCUUUGGCUCAUUCGCCCGAGCCCUCUCCUGGUACCCGAGCCCGACAGCCACCAGGCUCCGGGAAGCACCGCCAAAGUCAAGCAGCGACCAGCUAUGCCGGUUCCCCCGACCGGUGGCCUGUCCUUGGACCAGAAGUUGGAGCAUCGACGAGCUAUGGAACUUCUGGCCGCACAAGUGGGGCUGGAGCUUCCGAAGGGAGCGGCUGCAAGUGCGCUCGGCACUACCGGCCUUCCCCCGCAGCCCCCGGACACGGACAUGAUGGCCGCCGAUACGACAGCGGAGCCGACCGUGACAAAGGAUCGCACUACGGUGGACGUCUUCGAUCUGUCCGACUCAGAGCCAUCGCAGCACGCCACGGAGCGUUCUGCAUCCCCGGGGCUGGGCAAGAUGGGCUAA